AUGUCCUUCCUCUCCUCCCCGCACCUCCCCCCGCUCCUCUACACCCUCGCCCUCUCCUCCCUCUCCGUCCACCUCCUCUACCAGCGCCGCGCAGCCACAACCUCCCGCAACCAGCUCUCCGCGCGCAUCUCCGUCCUCGACGACCUCGCCGCGCGCCUGCGCGCCGGAGAGCCCGUGCGCGCAGAGGAGGCCGCGCGCCUCCGGCGGCUCGCUACGGCAGCCGAGAGGGGCGCGCAGGCGGACGGCGCGCCGGAGAGGGAGGUGGGGUGGAUGGAGGUUAUAUUGGGGCGGGACGAGGCGAAACGGGAGGCGGGGGAGACAGGGGACAGGGGCGGCCGCGGGGCGAGGGUGAGCGCGGAGGAGUGGGAUCGGCGGGACUUGGACGGUGGUCGUUACAAUCAUAUGGAGUUGAUCAAUGUAUUAUUGGACAUGGUACAUGUGAGUGCAGAAUGGUAUUAUAAAUAUAUGAUCAAAACAGACCACGACGAAAGCUUGUGA